ACCAAUACAAGUGCAGCUACUCAUGGAUUCCGAGCAACAUUCCCGCCCCAUUGUUGCACCGCAAUACUGUCUUGCACGCCCUACAGACCUUGCUUUCGCCAGAAAGGUCGACGGUGUGAAGCACGGUAAGCUCUCCAUCACUGACGUCAAUGGCAACAUCCUAUUCUGGUUCGAUGCGUCUGCUUGGAGGAGCAAGAGGAAGUUAGUUGAUGCAGCCACUGGUAUUCCAAUCCUUUCCAUCACUCAAAAGUUUUGGAGUGCUCAUGAUAGGUGGAAUGUAUUCAUGGGUGAUAGCACAAAUGAGAAGGAUUUGUUGUUUACUGUGAAGAGGAGUUCAGUGUUUCAAUUGCGGACUGAUUUGGAGGUGUUUCUUGCAACUAAUACAAAUAAAAAUGAGUGUGAUUUCAAAGUCAAAGGGGAGUUCCACAAGAGAUCUAGCGUAAUAUACAAGGGGAAUACAUCAGUGGUUGUAGCUCAGAUGAACAAGGAGCACAAGGUUGUGAAAGUUCCUCUGGGGAAACAUGCAUUCGGAGUGAGCAUUGUUGAGAACAUGGACAUCGCCUUCAUAGCCGGACUUGUUGUCGUUCUUAAUGAGUUCUAUGAGUAUGAGAUGGCGGCUGUUGCAGGUGGAGCAUCAGGAGCUGGAACAUCAGCAGCGCUAGCAGCUUCAUGCUGAAGACAUUUAUAUAUCUUAAUUAUUCUCAGAUUUGAAGUCUUUUCAUAAUGUUAAUUUGUUUGAUUAUGAUAUAUAAAUGAAUAAUAUUUA